UCUGCGUGGACUCUCCUUCCUUUAUGCACCGCUGAGGACUCGGGGCAUCCGACGCGACCCCGGCGCGGGUGCUGCGGCUGUGUGUGAGCGCCUGCGGUGUGGCGCUCGGGGCCGGGGGGGAUUUUUUAAAAAUCAUUUGCCGCCCUCCUUUUGGGGGGAGGGGGGGAUUGCGUGCGCGUUACAAACAAAGAGGCCAGCCGCACGCAGCGGAGGAGAGAAAGGAGCCGAGCCACAGACAGGAGCGGAGGGCGGGCGAGAGAGCGAGCGAGCGAGAGCGAAGAUCUCCUUGGAUCGAGUAUGGCGGAUCGCAGCCUGGAGAGCCUCUCGCUGCCGCUGGAGGUGAGAGCCCGGCUGGCGGAGCUGGAACUGGAAUUGUCGGAAGGUGACAUCACACAGAAGGGCUAUGAAAAGAAGAGAUCAAAAUUAAUUGGGGCUUACUUGCCACAACCUCCGGCGGCGAAUGGAGCUGCUGCGGUACGGUGUAGACUGCAGCACAGUGAAGGGGCCGCGAGGAGGACGCUCCGCACUAGCAACAUUGGGGUCUGUGACAUCCGGGAAGCAGCAGCUAGAGAGCGCGCAGCACCGCACAGCACAGUGGCAAACCGGCCUCUCUUUUACUUUCGCUUUGGAGUGGAUCAAGCACUGCCUCAAGAACGCCGAACUCCCGUCACCCCCUCCUCCUCCUCUCGCUACCACCGACGCAGGUCCUCAGGGUCACGUGAUGAGCGCUACCGGUCAGAUGUCCAUACAGAAGCCGUCCAGGCAGCUCUUGCGAAACAUAAAGAAAGGAAGAUGGCAGUGCCGAUGCCAUCCAAGCGACGCUCAUUGGUAGUGCAAACCUCAAUGGAUGCCUACACGCCUCCAGAUACCUCAUCUGGUUCAGAAGAUGAAGGCUCUGUCCAAGGUGAUUCCCAGGGAACUCCAACCUCAAGCCAAGGGAGUAUAAAUAUGGAACAUUGGAUCAGCCAAGCAAUCCAUGGCUCUACCACGUCUACAACUUCUUCAUCUUCAACGCAAAGUGGAGGCAGUGGCGCUGCGCAUAGGCUAGCAGACGUAAUGGCGCAAACACACAUAGAAAACCACUCUGCACCUCCAGAUGUUACUACUUACACGUCGGAACACUCAAUACAAGUAGAAAGACCACAGGGUUCAACGGCAAGGGUCGCACCCAAAUAUGGGAAUGCAGAACUUAUGGAAACUGGGGAUGGAGUUCCAGUAAGCAGCAGAGUGUCGGCAAAAAUUCAGCAACUGGUCAACACCCUAAAACGACCCAAGCGGCCACCAUUACGAGAGUUCUUCGUAGAUGACUUUGAAGAAUUAUUAGAAGUUCAACAGCCAGACCCAAACCAACCAAAGCCAGAGGGAGCUCAGAUGUUGGCUAUGAGAGGGGAACAGUUGGGUGUCGUUACGAAUUGGCCUCCGUCUCUUGAAGCAGCGUUACAACGAUGGGGGACAAUUUCCCCCAAAGCUCCUUGCCUAACCACUAUGGACACCAAUGGAAAACCACUAUAUAUUCUCACUUACGGCAAACUCUGGACUCGGAGUAUGAAGGUGGCAUACAACAUUCUGCAUAAAUUAGGCACAAAGCAAGAACCAAUGGUGCGGCCAGGAGACCGGGUAGCACUAGUAUUCCCCAACAAUGACCCUGCUGCUUUUAUGGUAGCAUUUUAUGGCUGCCUACUUGCAGAAGUUGUCCCGGUUCCUAUCGAAGUGCCACUAACCAGAAAGGAUGCAGGAAGUCAGCAGAUAGGCUUCUUGCUUGGAAGCUGUGGCGUUACUGUGGCCUUGACUAGCGAUGCAUGCCAUAAAGGACUGCCUAAGAGCCCUACAGGGGAAAUACCACAGUUUAAAGGCUGGCCAAAGCUGCUAUGGUUUGUCACAGAAUCAAAACACCUUUCAAAACCUCCUCGAGACUGGUUUCCACAUAUCAAAGAUGCAAACAAUGACACCGCUUACAUUGAGUACAAAACCUGUAAAGAUGGAAGUGUUCUUGGAGUGACGGUGACGAGGAUUGCGUUGCUCACCCACUGUCAAGCUCUUACGCAGGCCUGUGGAUACACAGAAGCUGAAACCAUUGUGAAUGUAUUAGAUUUCAAGAAAGAUGUAGGUCUAUGGCAUGGGAUUCUUACGAGUGUUAUGAACAUGAUGCAUGUUAUAAGCAUCCCAUAUUCUUUAAUGAAGGUAAAUCCACUUUCUUGGAUACAGAAAGUCUGCCAGUAUAAAGCAAAAGUUGCGUGUGUAAAAUCUAGGGAUAUGCAUUGGGCAUUAGUAGCACAUCGAGACCAACGGGACAUCAACCUCUCAUCACUCCGUAUGCUCAUAGUUGCUGAUGGCGCCAAUCCAUGGUCUAUUUCGUCUUGUGAUGCAUUUCUCAAUGUCUUCCAAAGCAAAGGCCUGAGGCAAGAAGUCAUCUGCCCUUGUGCUAGUUCACCAGAGGCCCUCACCGUGGCUAUUAGAAGGCCGACAGAUGAUAGCAAUCAACCACCGGGCAGAGGAGUGCUAUCCAUGCAUGGUCUUACGUAUGGCGUCAUUAGAGUGGAUUCUGAAGAAAAGCUUUCUGUACUAACGGUGCAAGACGUUGGCUUGGUGAUGCCAGGAGCUAUAAUGUGUGCAGUGAAGCCAGAUGGGGUUCCUCAGCUCUGUCGAACAGAUGAAGUAGGAGAACUGUGUGUGUGUGCCAUUGCAACCGGAACAUCCUAUUAUGGGCUCUCUGGGAUGACAAAAAACACGUUUGAGGUGUUCCCUAUGACCAGUUCAGGUGCACCAAUAAGUGAAUACCCUUUUAUAAGAACUGGAUUGCUGGGAUUUAUUGGCCCGGGUGGACUGGUUUUUGUUGUCGGCAAAAUGGAUGGUCUAAUGGUUGUCAGUGGACGGCGGCACAAUGCAGAUGACAUCGUAGCAACAGCACUGGCAGUGGAACCGAUGAAGUUUGUCUAUAGGGGAAGAAUAGCAGUGUUUUCAGUGAGCGUCCUUCAUGAUGAGAGGAUAGUUAUCGUUGCUGAACAAAGACCGGACUCCACGGAGGAAGACAGCUUUCAGUGGAUGAGUAGAGUGCUACAGGCUAUAGACAGUAUUCAUCAAGUUGGGGUUUACUGCUUAGCACUGGUGCCGGCGAACACACUCCCAAAGACUCCCCUAGGUGGAAUCCACUUAUCAGAAACAAAGCAGCUUUUCCUUGAAGGCGCUCUGCAUCCCUGCAAUGUGUUGAUGUGUCCACACACCUGCGUAACAAACUUGCCUAAACCAAGGCAAAAGCAACCAGAAAUUGGCCCUGCCUCUGUGAUGGUGGGGAAUCUGGUCUCUGGGAAAAGAAUUGCUCAGGCAAGCGGCAGAGAUCUGGGGCAAAUAGAAGAUAACGAUCAAGCCAGAAAGUUCCUGUUUCUAUCAGAAGUCUUACAAUGGAGAGCUCAAACAACUCCUGACCAUGUGCUUUACACGCUACUAAACUGUAGGGGGACAAUAGCAAACUCUCUUACAUGUGUUCAGCUGCAUAAGCGUGCUGAAAAGAUAGCCGUUAUGUUGAUGGAACGGGGUCACUUGCAAGAUGGUGACCACGUUGCUUUGGUCUACCCUCCAGGGAUAGAUUUGAUUGCUGCUUUUUACGGGUGCUUGUAUGCCGGCUGUGUGCCAAUAACAGUUCGACCUCCGCAUCCACAAAACAUUGCAACGACGUUACCUACAGUGAAGAUGAUUGUGGAGGUGAGUCGAUCUGCCUGUUUAAUGACGACGCAAUUAAUAUGUAAAUUGUUGAGGUCACGAGAGGCGGCAGCAGCGGUGGAUGUUAGAACAUGGCCCCCUAUAUUAGACACAGAUGAUUUGCCAAAGAAACGGCCCCCUCAGAUCUACAAACCUUCUAACCCUGACAUGCUGGCUUACCUUGAUUUCAGUGUAUCCACAACUGGAAUGCUAGCUGGGGUGAAGAUGUCUCAUGCAGCCACUAGUGCCUUUUGUCGUUCUAUUAAGCUGCAGUGUGAGCUUUAUCCUUCUAGAGAAGUUGCUAUUUGUUUGGACCCUUACUGUGGACUUGGGUUUGUCCUUUGGUGCCUCUGUAGCGUUUAUUCAGGGCACCAGUCUAUUUUGAUUCCUCCCUCAGAAUUGGAGACCACACCUGCGCUCUGGCUCUUGGCUGUGAGUCAGUACAAAGUGAGAGACACUUUUUGCUCUUACUCGGUUAUGGAGCUUUGCACCAAGGGGCUCGGUUCACAAACAGAAUCUCUCAAGGCAAGAGGACUAGACCUCUCAAGGGUACGGACCUGUGUGGUUGUGGCAGAAGAACGGCCUCGGAUUGCUCUGACACAGUCUUUUUCAAAACUUUUCAAAGAUCUGGGCCUACACCCCCGGGCUGUCAGCACAUCAUUUGGCUGCCGAGUUAACUUAGCCAUAUGUUUGCAGGGGACUUCAGGACCAGAUCCAACCACCGUGUAUGUUGACAUGAGGGCCCUAAGACAUGACAGAGUGCGUUUAGUAGAAAGAGGAUCUCCUCAUAGUUUGCCCCUCAUGGAAUCGGGAAAGAUCCUCCCUGGAGUUCGUAUCAUUAUUGCUAAUCCAGAAACAAAGGGGCCCUUGGGAGAUUCUCAUCUUGGAGAGAUAUGGGUUCACAGUGCUCAUAAUGCCAGCGGUUAUUUUACCAUCUACGGCGAUGAAUCCUUGCAGUCAGAUCAUUUUAACUCAAGACUUAGUUUUGGAGACACACAAACUAUUUGGGCACGGACUGGCUAUUUGGGGUUCCUGAGGAGAACAGAACUUACAGAUGCAAAUGGGGAGCGACAUGAUGCACUUUAUGUGGUAGGUGCACUAGAUGAAGCCAUGGAAUUGCGAGGAAUGAGGUAUCACCCAAUCGAUAUUGAGACAUCUGUAAUAAGAGCACAUAAAAGCAUUACGGAAUGCGCGGUGUUUACCUGGACAAAUUUGUUGGUUGUUGUUGUCGAGCUCGAUGGAUCAGAGCAAGAAGCCUUAGACCUGGUUCCUUUGGUUACUAACGUAGUGCUGGAGGAGCAUUAUCUGAUUGUAGGAGUGGUGGUAGUGGUGGACGUUGGUGUAAUUCCUAUCAACUCCCGUGGAGAGAAACAACGUAUGCACCUACGAGAUGGAUUUUUGGCAGACCAACUAGAUCCCAUCUAUGUGGCCUACAACAUGUAGUCUUGCAUCUUUAAGGCUUCCAUGGACUUUACUCUAGGUGUAUAAAUUUUUUUUUUGACGUCCACUGAACAAUGUGCUGAAAAGAAAGUGACACUCUUCAGAAUGAAACUGUUUCUAUUAGGACUUUUCGAAGCGCUCGUUAUUGGCAGGACAUAUAAUGUGAAAUGUGUUUCUUUUACCACUACAUUUUAGCACAGAAGGACUUUGGGGUACUGCCUUCAGUUUGUUGGAAAACCCAUUAUUAGACUUUUUUAAAAAAAUUAUUUUUUGCUUAUUGGGAUGAUACUGCUUUCUGAGUAAUAUGGCUUUGUAUUUUAUGUUAAACCGAAGUAGCUAAUUUUUGUUUUUAAUCUGCCCUCCAAGUGGAUAUUUCCAAACAACUCAUAAUAUGACUGAAUUGUUUUGGUUUGCUUGUUUUUAAAUGUCCAUAAAAAUCUUUUCUGAUAUGGAUCCAUCACUAGUUUUUAAGCCACUUUUUAUCCCAUUGUCUUAGGAAACUUACAUUGAGGUACGAGAAAAAUACCCAAAACAGCACCUUUUCAAAUUUAAAGAGUUUUUAAUCAGCUUCCUCCCUUGGAAAUGCUGAAAGCAUAAAGGUGAAAAGAGCUUUGAAUUAUUAGAGUUUAGAAUGAAAAAAAAUUUAUAAAUAAGGUGUAUUUCGGCAACGAACUUGCAGAUAUCUUUGUACUAAACUAAAAAGAUAAAAUAAGUUAACUACUUCUGUAAUUAUGUACAAAACCUUUAAUUUAUUUUGAUCUCUUUAGAAGUAUAAAAGAGAAACAUUCAAGAAUAUUAAGCUCUUGUAAUGUUUGCUAAUAUAAAAACAAAAGUGUUGUAUUAUCUUGAGUGGAUAGUAUCACAUCAAAUAUAUAUAUAUGAAAUAUAAAUUCACUAAUGACAAAAAAGAUUUUAAAGUUUUAAAAGGAUGCAGUACUCAUCACUUGCAUGGUGUCUUCUCCCACUGUAGAUAAUCAAACAUUAUUCACAUACUUUGAGGAAAAAGCAGUCCUGGAUUGCAAAAUAUCCCUGUCUAACAAGAAUCUUCCAGAUACCAGCAAGUGAAAUGGUUUUCGCUGCCUUCAGGGCAGUGCAUGAAUUUUUAAGGCCACAGUCCUGCACCUUGCAUGCAGGAUGUAGAGCAGCUCCUGGUAGGGAACCCAGCUUAUUGCUCUACUUCCAAAUAUUCUGUAACUCUCAGUAACCACCGUGAAGUUGCAACAAUUUGAACACUCUAGUUCCUGCGAUUCCUCACACCCUGGGUUGUGGCUCAGUCCCUGUGCGUUCGGGUGUGUGUGUAGAAAAGCAGCUGCAGAAGUGCUUGAGUAUGAGAUAUGGUUGAGCUUGGCUGCAGUCAAACAGCCUAGCAGGGUAUGCUCAGAAGAACAGUGGCUCAUGCUGUUGGUAGACUUUUGGGAACUGGUCUGUGGAAUCCUAUGGGAGCCACUCUACGGUCUGCUUUCUGUGCAUUCAAGGAUAUAGGAUUUGCUUGUGGCUGGAAAUCUUAACAGCGCACCACAAAGAGUUCUUUUCUUUGCCGUGAAGGUGACAAUAAAUAUUUGUGCUGGCAUGUAUGUUCAUACACUUUUUUAGACAUUAGAAAAGGCAGGUUUAAGAAUAGCACUGUUUUUCUUAGCUGCAUAAUAUUGUUGCACAAUAUUUCUCAUCUUUUUUUAAAAUUUGAUGUAUUUGUUUUCUUGUGGUAAGGAAGUUUUUUGGUGGUCAUUUUGCACAAGAGUUAUUAUUUUAUCUCUUUUGCCUCUCUGCUAGCCUGUGAUUUAGCUUGGGCAAAGGAGUUUGAUCCAUCCACUUGAUACUUUUCUAGAAAGUUGUUGUUUUUCAACAUUCUCUAUCUACAAUGUGUUCAUUAUCAGAGAGAAGCUAGAAAGGCUGCUCUGAAUUAUUUGGCCAAGCUAGGUGCAUCUGCUAAUUUGUCCCUAUGCCAAACAGAGGAACUGAACUUAGUUUUGCAACUAUCACAUCCCUCAGUUCAAAGCAAAUCUGCUGAUUCUUUCUUUCUUUUUCUUUCUUUCUUUCUUUUGAAGAAUCAUGGAUCACAGCUGCCUUUUUAAAAUUUUACUGCCUUUGGGUAAACGCAAAACCCUCCAUUUUCCAUUUCUUCCAUGAUCAUUUUCUAUUUUUAUUUUUGAGUUUGUCUUAUUCCAUUGCGACCUGGUUGACCUGUGUCCACUUUGAGGGUGAAGUUUGAGCAGGAGCAGGCCGAGGAAGCUUUUCUUUUGUCUUUUUCUGGUUCAAAAUAAUGUUCACUUGCUGGCGUUUAUUACCAAGUAUUGCAUGACUAAGAUGGUUGCCGGACAAAAGCGACAAGAUCUUUGUAUAACACAUAAAAGGGGAAAUAUUUUGUCUACCUUUGCGGAUUUCACUUGGUUUUGAAGACCCAAUAGAUUGUGGAGGUUUUUUCUGGCUUUUUUUUUCUUCUCAAAGAUGAGGGAUGGUUUUUACUCUGCAUACACAGUACAGAGCAUUUCACCAGGACCAACUUUUUAUUUUUUAAUUGCCGCCCUGUUCAAGGUUUUUCUUGUCCUGUGAAUAUUUCAACCCAUGCUCCAAAGAUCAGUCCUGAAGCAUUCUUUCAAAAGAUGGUUUUGCCCUCCCCCCCCCAAUAAAAUCUCUCUCUCUUUUUUUCCUUUAAAAUAUCAAGUUGCUGUAAGGUUCAGACAAGCCAUUGAUUAUGAGAGUAAUAACAGUGUAUGAACUAACUUGUGAAGUCCUUGCUACUGCUGAUCUCACUGCUGCAAAACACAAAUUUAGCUGUCGUUUUGUUUAAAGCAUCACUUUUUAACCUUCACCAAGUCAACUUUCCACUCCUGGGGAGGGAGAGGGAGGGGAUGGAGGACUGCAAUGCAGUUGUACAACACCGCGAAUAACUGAUCUCUUCUGCGACCCAUCUUCUGUGGCUGUUUAAAUUCUGAACCUAAGAACAAUACAGGAUAAUAAUGAACUGAAUAUCUAGUUUUGUCAUGCAAGUUGAGAGGAGAGAAACACACGUAUCAUCCGAUUCAGCAAUAAGGAAGGAUUGUUCUGUAUUAGAAACCGUACUGUAGAUAAAAACCAUUCAUGAGAAUGUAUAAAAUGUUUGUCUUGUGACCUUGUGCUUUUGAAGUCAGACAAAACCAUGUAAUCAACUUGAUGCACAUGCCACACUAAAAAAAGAAGAAGAAGAAAGAGGGUACACAAUGAACAUUUAACCACGAAACGAAUCAAACAGGAGCAGAUUUCUCAUGGUGCUUGUUUAUUAUAUAUAUUUAAUCCUGCUUGACACUUUACCCAAGGGAAGACUGUCCCUUUUAUCAGUUGAAUGUUAGCAGCGUUAUUUCAUAGAGUGUGGUGACUGGUUAGAGAAAUUCAUGCAACUCAGCCAAUCACAGUUUCAAAUGAAAAAUUUUUAUGUGCAAAAGAACAGCAACCUUCUUGUAUGUUAAACCACCAGUACGCUUUGUACAUCUGUGAUAACGCCUGUUUUAUAUUCAAAUGAACAAAUAAAAGCUUUUAUUUUUGUUGCUCUGAAAA